GUGUGUACAUGGGGUGUGUUUUUCGGUACGUAGGGAGAAAAUGCUUGCCAACCACCGGAAACCUCCUGGAAUUUAUUAGAAAAUAAUGGAUUAUUAAAAGGAGGCAGGCGAGGAGCGGAUCUCCCCUUGAGUUGCAAGCCUAUCUACUGCCGGCUCAGUUUGUUGGGAUUCUAUUUGUUGAUAGGUGUCUGAUGGUAUUCCGAUAACACCCCCUCUUUCCUCCCCUGGAUCUUUACAGUUUUUUUUCUCAAGGAACCAACAACAAAAAAACCACCCAAAAUCUCUCCCUCUUUAUUUUCGCCCCGUGGGGAUCGCUGUUUUCAUCCAUGUGCUUGCGUCUCCCCCGCGUUCCACUUAAACUAUUUUAAUCCUUGGACCCAAGGAGGAGGCUGAUAGGGGGGUGGAUUAAAAAAAAAGUUCUUCCAAAAUAGUGUGCCCCGGGAGCAGGAUGGGGGAUUUCGCAGCCCCCACUGCUGCCGCGAAUGGUAGUAGUAUCUGCAUCAACAGCAGCCUGAGCAGCAACCUCGGCGGGGCCGGGAUCGGCGUGAAUACUCCCAAUAGCACUCCGGCUGCUCCGAGUGGCAAUCACCCCGCUGCCGGAGGCUGCGGCGGCUCCGGUGGCGGCUCGGCGGCCGUCCCCAAGCACAGCACGGUGGUCGAGCGGCUCCGGCAACGUAUCGAGGGCUGCCGGCGGCACCACGUCAACUGCGAGAACAGGUAUCAGCAGGCUCAGGUGGAGCAGCUGGAGCUGGAGCGCCGGGACACCGUGAGCCUCUACCAGCGGACCCUGGAGCAGAGGGCCAAGAAAUCGGGCGCCGGCACCGGCAAGCAACAGCACCCGAGCAAAGCCCAGCAAGAUGCGGAGGCUGCCUCGGCGGAGCAGAGGAACCACACGCUGAUCAUGCUCCAAGAGACCGUGAAAAGGAAGCUGGAAGGGGCCCGAUCACCUCUUAAUGGGGACCAGCAGAAUGGGGCUUGUGAUGGGAGCUUCUCUCCAACAAACAAGCGCAUCCGGAAGGAUCUUCCCACGGGGAUGGAGGCCAUCAACAAUUUGCCCAACAACAUGCCGCUGCCUUCAGCUUCGCCCCUUCACCAACUUGACCUCAAGCCUUCUUUGCCCUUGCAGAACAGUACGGCUCCCCCUCCUGGGCUGCUAGACGAUCUGGGUAAGAAUGGCAGGCUCCCCGAGAUUAAACUACCCGUCAACGGCUGCGGGGAUCUAGAGGACAGCUUUGCUAUCCUGCAAAGCAAGGACCUCAAACAGGAGCCUCUUGAUGACCCUGCCUGCAUAGACCCAUCGGAAACGUCGCUGUCCAAUCAGAACAAGCUGUUCUCCGACAUUAACCUGAAUGACCAAGAGUGGCAGGAACUCAUAGACGAACUGGCCAACACGGUCCCGGAAGAUGACAUCCAGGACCUGUUCAACGAAGACUUUGAGGAGAAGAAGGACCAAGAAUUCUCACAGGCAGCCAUGGAGACUCCGCUCUCCCACGAGAGCGCGAGCAUGAAGAGCGACGCUUCGCAUUCUCCUUUUGCGCACGUCUCGAUGGGGUCGCCCCAGGCCAGACCUUCCUCUUCCGGUCCUGCCUUUUCUACUGUCUCCACAGCCACUAGCUUGCCGUCCGUGGCCAACACUCCCGUGGCUCCAAACCCUGCCAGCUCACCAGCUAACUGUGCCGUCCAGUCCCCCCAAACUCCAACGCAAGCCCACACUCCGGGUCAAGCGCCACCACGGCCUGGCAACGGCUAUCUUCUUAAUCCAGUCUCGGUGGCGGUAUCUGGUUCAGGGUCAAGCUCGGUGGCGGGGCCCAGCUCCGACAUGUCCCCGGCAGAGCAGCUCAAACAGAUGGCUGCCCAGCAACAACAGAGGGCCAAGCUCAUGCAGCAGAAACAGCAGCAGCAGCAGCAGCAGCAGCAGCCGCAGCACUCAAAUCAGACUUCAAGUUGGUCUCCCUUAGGGCCUCCGUCAAGUCCAUAUGGAGCAGCUUUCUCUGCAGAAAAACCAAAUAGCCCAAUGAUGUACCCCCAAGCCUUUAACAACCAAAACACUAUAGUGCCUGCAAUGGCCAACAGCCUGCAGAAGUCGACCAUGAACAACUACCUCCCCUCCAAUCACAUGAAUAUGAUCGGUCAGCAGCCAAAUAACUUGGGUACAAACUCCUUAACCAAACAGCACAAUAUUCUCACCUACGGCAACACUAAGCCCCUGACCCAUUUUAAUGCGGACUUGAAUCCAAGGAUGACGCCCCCAAUGGCCAACCCCAGCAAAAACCCCUUGAUGCCCUAUAUCCAGCAGCAGCCUCAGCAGCCCCAGCCACAGCCACAGCCGCAGCCUCCCCAGCAGCAGCCUCCGCCCCCACCACAGCUGCAGGCUCCCAGGGCGCACCUGAGUGAGGACCAGAAGCGCAUGCUUCUCAUGAAGCAGAAAGGAGUGAUGAAUCCACCCAUGGCCUACACUGCGCUUCCAGCCCACGGUCAGGAGCAGCAUGCAGCUGGUCUUCCCAGGACCGCGGGCCCCAUGCAGAACUCUGUGCCACCGCCGGGGUCGAGCAGCAUGGUCUCAGGAGCCAGUCCUGGAGGACUUGGCUUUCUAGGCGGCCAGCCGCAAGCAGCCAUAAUGAAGCAGAUGCUAAUGGAUCAACGAGCCCAGCUGAUGGAGCAUCAGAAGCAACAGUUCCUUCGGGAGCAGAGGCAGCAGCAGCAGCAGCAGCAGCAGCAGCAGCAGCAGAUCCUGGCUGAGCAGCAGUCACACCUGCCCCGCCAGCACCUCCAGCAGCAGCGGACUCCAUACCCAGUGCAGCAGGUCAAUCAGUUCCAAGGUUCACCCCAGGAUAUAGCCGCCGUGAGAAACCAGGCAACCCUCCAGAACAUGCGAACGUCAAGGUUGAUGGCACAGAAUGCAGGCAUGAUGGGAAUGGGACCUUCCCAGAACCCAGGGACAAUGGCCACAGCAGCAGCCCCGUCAGAAAUAGGACUGACCCCUUAUAAUGCCCCUCCAACCAACCAACCCGGAAUGUACAACAUGAGCACAGGAAUGACCCAAAUGUUGCAGCACCCGAACCAAAGUGGCAUGAGCGUCCCACACAGCCAAGCCCAGGGACCCAGGCAGCCUGCCUCUGGCCAAGGAGUAGGCAUGGUGAGUGGCUUUGGUCAGAGCAUGCUGGUGAACUCGGCUCUGACCCAGCAGCACCAGCAGUUGAAAGGAUCCAUGGGCCAGGCCUUGCCGAGGCCCCAAGGCCCACCAAGGCUUCAGAGUGUCAUGGGAACCAUCCAGCAAGGAGCGCAGAACUGGCCACAGAGGGGCUUGCAGGGAGUGCCUGGGAGGACUAGUGGAGAGUUGGGACCAUUCAACAAUGGCGCCAGCUACCCGCUCCAAGCUGGUCAGCCAAGACUGACGAAACAACACUUCCCACAGGGACUGAGCCAGUCAGUCAUGGACGCUAACACCGGCGCAGUGAGAACCCUCAACCCAGCAGCUAUGGGCCGUCCGAUGAUGCCACCACUUGCAGGGCAGCAAGGUACCAGUCAAGUGAGGCCGUUGGUCAUGUCUGGUCUGAACCAGGGUGUCCCUGGCAUGGCGGCAUUCAGCCAGCCCCCAGCCCAGCAGCAGAUAGCGGGCAGCAGCUUUGCCGCGAGCAGCCAAGGCCAGGCCUACGAGCGGAACCCCGCUCAGGACGUGUCCUACAGUUAUAGCGGUGAGGGUGCUGGGGCUUCCUUCCCUGGCCUCCCGGACAGUACAGACCUGGUGGACUCCAUCAUCAAAAGUGGUCCAGGGGAUGAGUGGAUGCAAGAGCUUGAUGAACUCUUUAGUAACCCCUAGUCGGGAGGGGCCCGAGAGCUGUAGUGGCGGAAGCCUCUCAGGCGGGAAAGAACCAGGAUGGUGCCCCAUCCUUGAUUUUUUUGUUUUUUUGACCCACGUAAACUGAGAAAACGACAGCUGGCUGACAGUAGAGAAGGUACAGGUGUCAACCCCCAGCUCCAUGGGGGCUUCAGUCCACCUGCCUUCCACAGAGCAAUCAAGUAGAGAGGUCACGCGGAUACCUGCUUGCAGAGAAGAGAUGUGGGUUGCAGAGGAGUAAGUCGAGGCAGCAAGAGUUCCUCUGCUAAGCGCCCUGGGACCCACUGGUCCAGAAAGAGUCGUUCCGACCCAGAGGGACUGUGGCCCAAGAUAAGGUCCCCUUAGACCUGCCUGCCUCAGUUCCCGAGACCUCGGAGAUGGAGCCUCAGCCAGAGGAAGCCCAGCCGGAGGAUGCUGGGAGACACACAGGCGGUGUGCACGGGUCAGAAACCCUCCGAAUGCUGGAUGGAAGGAGAUGUCUACUCCCAGACGUGUUCCUGGAUUUGGAGGCAGGCACGAAGAACAGUGGACUCGCCUGAGCUGGCCCAAGGGAGACAAGCAAGGAUCCUGCAGGGCUAUCUGUCUCCUGCCCAGCGAUGACCCUCAGGAAUGGUAAGGUGUUGCUGCCAGCCCCCUCACCAGGAUUGACAGCUAUACUUGAGAAGGGCCCAUCUGGUAGCCCUGAAGGUCAACUUCUGCCAGUGGCCAUGGUGGCCAUCGCUCUAGGUUGCGCUGAGCUUCCUGGAGGCCCCAUCUGAUUCGACGCAUCUAGCUGGUUUUCAUAUGUUUGUGACCAUAGCUUGGAGAGGCCCCUGCUGGAUUCAGUGUCUGCCAGCCCAGCCCCUUCCUCCCUCACCACUGCCUCUCGUCCUGGCCUCUGUGCCAGCCUGCCUUUACUUCUCCCUACAGGAAGGGAAGCCCUGGGGCAAAGUCAAAGUAAGUACAAGAAGAAUUUAGACAGUGUCUGGCAUACGGAGAUCUCCACAGGAGCCAAGUGG